ACGCGCGGCGACUAUCAUGUGAGGCUCAGGUCUGUGAGGAGGAACCGCAGCGCUGACACUAACGCGCUCACCGACCUGUGGGGAUAGUUUGGGACUUCCAGUGCCGACAUACUGCGGAUAAAAGCCGGAGGAGUCCAGCGGGACCGCUGUCAUUUCAUCGGCUGUGUAAGCAGCCAAGCAUGGUGGCUCACACAUCAUAGGAGUCCAGUACUGACAGUGUGGAAGGAGUGAACAGGAGAGGAAGAAGAGAGCGAGUGUUAGAGGAGACUGGACACUCGUUACCAUCAGGGCAGAUGGGGGAGACAGAGGAUGAACGCACAGCGCAGGCCAGCCAGCUCUUUGAGAACUUUGUCCAGGCGUCCACCUGCAAAGGGACGCUGCAGGCCUUCAGCAUCCUCUGCAGGCAGCUGGAGCUGGAUCCUCUGGACUACAGCAACUUCUACAGCUCACUGAAGGCUGCAGUCAGCUCAUGGAAGGUCAAGGCUCUGUGGACCAAACUGGACAAAAGGGCACAACACAAGGUCUACAACCAGAAUAAAGCCUGCUGGGGCACCAGGUGUCUGAUCAUCGGCGGGGGUCCUUGUGGUCUGCGAACAGCCAUCGAGCUGGCCCUGCUGGGCUGCAAGGUCGUGGUGAUCGAGAAGCGAGACACCUUCUCCAGGAACAACGUGCUCCACCUCUGGCCCUUCACUAUUCACGACCUCAGGGGCCUCGGAGCCAAGAAGUUCUACGGCAAGUUCUGCGCCGGCUCCAUCGACCACAUCAGUAUCCGUCAGCUCCAGCUGAUGCUGCUGAAAGUGAGUCUGAUUCUGGGAGUGGAGAUUCAUGUCAACGUGGAGUUCGUCAAACUUUUGGAGCCACCGGCGGAGCAGACUGAUGACAGCCCUGGGUGGCGAGCAGAGGUCCGGCCUUCCAGCCACCCUGUCUCGGACUUUGACUUCGACGUGGUGAUUGGAGCCGACGGACGCAAAAACACAUUAGAUGGCUUCAGACGCAAAGAGUUUCGAGGUAAGCUGGCCAUCGCCAUCACAGCUAACUUCAUCAACAGGAACACCACCGCAGAGGCCAAGGUGGAAGAAAUCAGUGGCGUGGCUUUCAUCUUCAACCAGAAGUUCUUCCUGGAACUCAAGGAGGAGACAGGAAUUGACCUGGAGAACAUAGUUUACUACAAAGACAACACCCACUACUUUGUCAUGACAGCAAAGAAGCAGAGUCUGCUGGACAAAGGGGCCAUCAUCAAUGACUAUAUAGAAACAGAGAGACUGCUGAGCACUGACAAUGUCAACCAGGAAGCAUUGCUCUCUUACGCCCGUGAGGCCGCUGACUUCGCCACAAACUACCAGCUGCCAUCCCUGGACUACGCCAUCAACCACUACGGGCAGCCGGAUGUGGCCAUGUUUGACUUCACCUGCAUGUAUGCCUCAGAGAACGCUGCUUUGAUCAGGGAGAAACAUGGACACCAGCUCCUCGUCGCACUGGUGGGAGAUAGUCUGCUUGAGCCCUUCUGGCCCAUGGGUACAGGUUGUGCUCGGGGUUUUCUGGCAGCCUUCGACACAGCUUGGAUGGUAAGGGGCUGGGCACAAGGAAGGAGCCCUCUGGAGAUACUGGCUGAGAGGGAGAGUAUUUACCGACUGCUGCCUCAGACCACCACAGAGAACAUCAGUAAAAACUUUGAACAGUACGCCAUUGACCCUGCAACCCGCUACCCCAACCUCAACUCCAGCUGUGUCCGCCCACACCAGGUUCGUCACCUGUAUAUUGACGGCCAGCAGGGCUCAUGUAUCCUGGAAAAGGGAGGCCCCACACGUAGAUCGGUCAACCUGUCCAGAAGAGAGUCCGAGGUGCGUCCUGGCCGGCUGCUGACCUGGUGUCAGAAGCAGACUCAAGGCUACAGAGGGGUCGACAUCACCAAUCUCACAUCUUCCUGGAGGAACGGCCUGGCCCUCUGUGCUCUCAUACACCGCCAGAGGCCUGAGCUUAUUGAUUAUGAAUCUCUUAACGAGGAGGACGUGGCUGGGAACAACCAGUUGGCGUUUGAUGUGGCUGAGCGAGAGUUCAGCAUCCAGCCGGUGACCACGGGAAAGGAGAUGGCUGCGGAGGCUGAACCAGACAAGCUGCUGAUGGUCCUCUACCUCUCCAAGUUCUACGAGGCCUUCAGGAAUUCGCCACUGAACAAUGGUAGAAGAGAACCAGAUGAAAAUAGUGAGGAUUAUCCAUCUAAAACCAACCACAAACUGCAGAACCUGCCUCUGGCCAGGAAGAGGAUACCCAGGGAUGACAAGACAGUAGAAGACGAUUCUAUUAACAAGAGACGGCGAAAGGGCAGCCACUACCUCACAGAGUUGUCUUGUCACAGUGCGCUCCCUACUGGUGAGGAUGGAGAGCUGCGGGAGAAUAAGGUCCGCUCCAUGGCAACUCAGCUGUUAGCCAAAUUUGAGGAGAAUUCUUCGACAUCAAAGACACGCAGCAAGUCUGAGGACCCAUCCAGUCCGUCCUCUUCUCCUCCUCUGUCUCCGUCCACCACCCCACUUCCUCUCUCAGAUGAGGAGGAAGAUGAGGACGAAUACGAGGAGGGAGAAAACCCCCGUUUUGCAAAGCCCAAAGACACCCCCCCUCCUCCUCUGCCCCCCGCCCGCCCCAAGUGGCAGCCUUCCAUCUACCUUCGCUUACUGGAGAACUCCAGUUCUGUGGCUCAGCAAACCAGUUUCCUCUGUUCCCCCAAAUGCUCUCACCCUCAGCGCAGCUACAGUCGCUCUCCCUCCCCCUCAUUCUCUAAGAGCCCAUUAAGUCCUCCCCGCUCACCCAGUCCCAAUGUUACUGAAUAUUACUACCCAGAAUGCACCUCUCCUGACCUUGCAACAAGUCACUUUUCUGCUUCUACUCAGUCAAGUACUGAUCAUCCCACCGACAGGUCAGAGGAGUCGGUGCAGCAGAGCAAAGCACAGAAACUGUCCACUAGAGAGUUUUCUAGGAGGAGUAUAAAGGAUAGAGCUGUCCUCCUGUCCUCCAUGUUUCCUGGGUCCAACAAACCUUCUCCUGCUCCUCUUUCUCCUCCUUCUGAGUCACAGGUGAAAGUAUCUACCUCCUCUCCUCUUUCUUCAUCUCCACCAUCACCUCCUCCUCCUCCUCCUCCUCCUCCUUCUGCCUCUGUAUCUAAGAGCUCCACCAUCUACCCUGUGGUCCACCCUGUCCCUGACCCCACUGUCCAGGCCGGCUUCACCUCUGUCUCCUCUCCCCUGUACACCUCUGGACACAAGGACAAGAUUCAGAAAGACUCCUCUGCUCCCUUGUCUUAUGCUGACUCUGAAAAAACAAAGCAAAUCUUCUCUGUCAGUGUUGAUUCCUCCACAUGUGACAACGAAACGUCCACUCCCCUCUCUGAAAAUGGACACAGCAGCUCGUCUUCUCCAGAUUCCUUAUUGCACCAGUCUGAGAGGAAAUUUGAGAGUUCUCUGAAUAACUGUGAGAUUGAGGAGGAGAAAACUGCUCCGGAGACAUUUGAUGGUGGGAAAUUAUCUGAACACGAUCACGUGAAGUGCAAUGGGAGCUGUGCUCUUGAUAAUUCCAGAAGAGUAGUUCGCUCUGAGAGUUGUCCGACUGGAGCUCCUAGUUACCUUAAAGAGCGUACAGUCGGAAAGGUAUCAUCAGCCAUAGAUGCUAAAGCUCAGAUGCUGGCCAUCCUCUAUGAGACAGACCACAGGCCCAAUGCCACGCUGGCUCUAGUUCCUUGGCCAGGGAGGGCUCCUAAGGCUGAAGGGUGUGUGGUACGCAAGGACUUCCCUGCCGGGCUCGGCGGCAGCGACAUCUGCCACUUCUGCACCAAGCGGGUGUACGUGAUGGAGAGGCUGAGUGCUGAAGGAUAUUUCUUCCACCGUGAGUGUUUCCGCUGUGACGUCUGCAACUGCACCCUCCGUUUGGGAGGACACACCUUCGACUCUCAGGACGCAAAGUUCUACUGCAAGAUGCAUUAUGCCCAGCGUCAAUCCAGCACUCAGCUGGGCAGGUUCAGAAGGAGAAUGGAAGACCAAAGCCGUGUCACACCCUCAUCGCUGGACAGCGGGAGUUACACAGCACCAGACGGCGUCCAGAUCCACCCCCCAGGUGGAGCGUCCAGCUUGCAUUCAGAGCAGCUUGAUAAAGCUCAGAACAGAGUUCCUGAAGACACAGAGAUUGCUGUGGAGGCUCUGGAUGCCUCCUGCAUCGUAAACCCCACAGCACAAGACACCACAGGGUCCAAGGGCCGAAACCACGACAGUACCAAAGAUCACUGUAAGACCAAACAGAAUAUUCGAUGGAAAAGGAAGAUCCGAGCAACUUUCCCUCUGAUCUUCAUCAAACACUUCCACAGAAGUUUGCCACUGGACAAAGAGGGACCUGAAACUGUACCUGAGGCCGACUCUGACUUUGAGGAGAUCAGUGCCGCUGAGAAACAAACAACCUGUGAUGGCAGUUCCAAGACAGCGGUGGAUAUCCAGAAUCAUUCAGAGAGAAGUGAGAAGAGUGAAGAACGCUCGAAAAUAAAGACAGCCUGCGACGUGUCCCGCCCAAAGACACGCUUAAUGUUAUCUCUAUCCGAGAAAGAGAAGCUUCUAAACUGGGACACGGGCGUCACGCCAGAAGAAACUCCCAUUAACACAGACACCAAGACUACACAGCAACACAAAGACCAGGUACAAGCAGAGACCAGAGCAGAUAAGCCUCACACAGACUCGGGCCAGGAUGGAGAACCAUCCCAGAGCCAAACCCCUGCCUCCUCCCGCUCAGCCUUCCAGCUUGUAGCCAAUGCCUUCAGGAGGACAUUUAGUGUGACCAAUCCCUCCAGCAGCUCCAGCACUGCAGUCACAAUGAGACCCAAACGUGAUGGCCCCCACAAACAGAGGCCCAUGUCAGAGGGAGCGUUCAACUUCAGCUCCCUCUUCAGCGCUGUUGGUCCCGAGCCGUCCCAAGAGGAGAAGAAGUCUGGAAAGCGUGAAGUACGGUGGGCGUCUGUAGGGUCCGAUCCAUGGGGGGGCGGGCGGGACCUGCCCUCUCUGCUGCAGCAGGUGUCCCUAAAGGGCCGGAGAGACUCUGGAGGGGUGUUCUCUGAUGACAUGGGCCCACUGCCCCGCAGGAGGGUCGACUUGUUCUCCUCUCUGAGGUUGAGGAAGAGGGAGUUGUCGGAGAGCGAGGGGAAGGAACAGGAGGUUCAAAAGGAAAUCAGGACUAUCCUCACCAACCUCAGGAACAAAGCCUCCAGUCAGCAGAAUCUGGAGGAGUCUUCUUCAAGUGAUGAUGAAAAUGAAAACCUGCCAUUCAAUCAGAAGCUGUGUACAGAGAGACAGAGGAUGAGGCAGGAGAAGACGGUGGCCCAGCAGACUAAAAGAGAACAGCUGAGGAGACUUCACAGAGCUCAGGCGAUCCAAAGGCAACUGGAGGAAGUCGGGGAGAAACAGAGAGACCUAGAGGAGAGAGGAGUGGCUAUAGAAAAGAUCAUAAGAGGAGAAACUGAAUCAUCUCAGACAGGUGACAGUGAUGAGGCCCAGCUCUAUCAGACCUGGUUUAAACUUGUUCUGGAGAAGAACAGAUUGGCACGUUAUGAGUCUGAACUCAUGAUCUUUGCCCAGGAGCUUGAACUGGAGGACACGCAGAGCAGGCUGCAACAAGAGCUACGAUGCAGAAUGGCAACAGAGGAUACAAAGAAAAGCGCCUCUGAGCUCCAGGAGGAGCAGGAGAUUCUGUCGGAGAUCAUGAGGACGGUGGAGAAGCGAGACAUGCUGGUCUCUAUACUGGAGGAGCAGAGGCUAAAGGAGAGGGCUGAGGACAGGGACCUGGAGAGCCUUGUGCUGUCCAAGGGCUAUGAGUUCCACUGGGCCCAGGCGGAUGACAGCUGGGGGCAGGAGAAGCUGGAGGGUGAGGGUUGAAUCUUGAGCACCUCAGUGGUGAAGAGCUGGAUGGAGGCUCUACACACCACUGUUUAAAGACACAGGGUCAAAGUUUACCAUCAUAGUUUGUGUCUGGCUUGUUCUUGUAAAGUUAGAAAUCUAGAAAACGAUGUGAGUGUGGAAAUAUCAUGAAAGUCUAGGUGUUUAUUCCUCCUAAAGACAACAGCAAGGCUUCAUCUCUUCACUUCAUCUUCACUUUGCGCUGGUAUGCUGAGCUCAGAGACUAACGAGGAAUGGAAACGGAGCCUGAGCUAAUGACUUUCUUUACAGCCAUGAGGGCUAAUAACAUCUCCGCCAUUAAGGUUACUUGGCCUCUGUGCUCAGAAGUGUAAUCCGUCACGGCCCAGGCUGACACCAACCUGAAAAUGGAUGUACAAUAUGAUUAACCACUUAACUAAUAAUGUGACUGACUGCCUUGUAAAAUUCAUGCACACGUCAUAAACCAAACUGACUGCCUAAUCAACAGCUGCUUUAUGUGGUUGCUUGCCUAUAGAGUGGAACUGCUGUGACAGAUUCCUUACUACUGUAACAGCCUCACUGGAUAGUACAUGGAACGACUGCACACUUUACCUGAAGUUUCAGUGUUUAGAAUAGUUUUAAAUUUGUGUUAUAAAUCCAGAGAUGUGCUUUAUAUAAUUCACUGUUGGGCACUUUGUAGCUGUUUGUGUGAGAGUGAGCGGUCAUGUGUGUGUUUUUAUAUCACUGUUUUCACUUUGUGCUGGAACACUGUCAAAGAAUAUUCAGCUGGAUUCACACCCAGACACUAAUGAACACAGGAGGAACAUAAUCCUGCCAGAUAUUCAGUUGGUAAGAUGUUCUACGUCCAGGUGCCUGAACAUUUCACUUUUUACUCCUUUUUUGACACAUAAUUCAAGACUGAAUCACAGAGCAGGAAACUGCUGCUGAACAGGUUUAAACUUCCUGCGUGUCGUGCAUCGGAUCAGACCCUGUUUUCCAUUGGCUGUCAGGACCAGGAUGUGGUCAAAGAUGUGACAUGCCUAAAAGUUUUAAUGCAAAGAAGGUAGUUUUAUGCUCCUUAUGAUUCAGAGUGUAUUUCCUCUGUGACGUACUACUGUCAGAUAAACUGUGAUUGUUCCGUUUUGCUGGUUUUAACCCGCUCUGUGGGCUGUGAGUCCAAAUGACAGGCUUAUCUCCCUCAUGAGAAGAGGAACAGUGUGUUUACAUGAGUUCUAAUCCCACUGUUCUCAUUUGGUCCCUGGGCUUUAAAUGUAAUGUUUGAUAAUGGUGUGAAUUAACAAACACUAAAUAGUAAAUAAGUUAUGUUUUCACGCUAAAAACUGUAAACUGUGUGAUGUUUCUGUACGUUUUGGUUUUAUGCUGCUUCAGAUCUUUUGAAUGGAAAAAAAAUUUCAAUAAA